AUGGCCAGCACAUUAAGCCACAGCACUACAGCUGGAGCUCCAGAGAAGCCUGCGAUGUCAUAGCGCAUCCAGAACGCUGUUGACACCUCUGUCAUUGUCAUCUAUUUGGUGGUAGUGAUAGCAGUUGGGCUGUGGGCCAUGCUGAGGACCAACCGGGGCACUAUUGGAGGGUUCUUCUUGGCUGGUCGAGAUGUGGCCUGGUGGCCGAUGGGUGCCUCCCUUUUUGCCAGUAACAUCGGCAGUGGCCACGUUAUGGGGCCGGCUGGAACAGGAGCAGCUUCAGGCAUAGCCAUUGCAGCAUUUGAAUGGAAUGCUGCGCUGCUGUUGCCAGUUCUAGGGUGGCUUUUUGUCCCCAUAUACAUCAAGGCUGAGGUGAUGACCAUGCCAGAAUAUCUGAAGAAGCACUUUGGUGGGAAUCAACUUCAGGUCUACCUCUCCAUCCUGUCCAUCUUCAUCUGUGUGGUUUUGAGAAUCUCAUUAGACAUAUUUUCUGGAGCCAUAUUCAUCAAGCUGGCCUUAGGAUUAGACCUUUACCUGGCAAUCAUCAUCCUCUUGGCUAUCACUGCUGUUUACACAAUCACUGGUGAGUUCAUUGCAUUAAUGUUUUUUGCUUCUGUAAGACAUUUCAUUUUAUCUGAUGCCUUUUCAGCAUUUGCCGAAGUUGGCGGCUAUGAGAGUUUCACAGAGAAGUACAUGAAUGCCAUCCCAUCCAUAGUUAAGGGUGACAACCUGACGAUCAGCUCCAGGUGCUACACUCCUCAGGCUGACUCCUUCCACAUUUUCCGAGAUGCUGUCACUGGGGAUAUUCCGUGGCCAGGCACAGUUUUUGGAAUGACCAUUUUGGCUCUGUGGUACUGGUGCACAGAUCAGGUGAUGUGUGUGUGUGUGUGUGUGUGUGUGUGUGUUUUAACAUGUUUAUGUUGUUCUUUUUCUUCUCAGAGAAAAGCUUCUAUACUCCAUUGUGCGUAUAUACCAUCGUUUCUCAGUAAACUCCCCUCUGAACUCCUCUCAGAUAAGGUGGCUUGUGUCGUCCCUUCCAAGUGUGUGAAACACUGUGAUACUGAAGUUGGCUGCAGUAACUAUGCCUACCCAACACUGGUGCUGGAACUGAUGCCUGAUGGACUUAGAGGCCUGAUGCUCUCAGUCAUAUUGGCCUCUCUCAUGAGCUCCCUGACUUCCAUCUUCAACAGCACCAGCACUGUCUUCACCAUGGACCUCUACACCAGGAUUCGGAAGAAGGCAUCAGAGAAAGAGCUCCUUAUAGCUGGACGGUUAUUCAUCAUUCUAUUAACUGUCAUCAGCAUUAUGUGGGUCCCAUUUGUACAGAUAUCUCAAAAUGCACAACUAUUCCAUUAUAUAGAAUCGGUUUCUAGCUACCUUGGGCCUCCAGUUGCAGCUGUCUUUCUACUUGCCAUCUUCUGUAAGAGAGUCAAUGAACAGGGAGCCUUCUGGGGUCUAAUCAUUGGACUCAUAAUUGGCCUUAUCCGUAUGAUUGCAGAGUUUGCCUAUGGAACAGGGAGUUGCUUGGCUGCCAGUGACUGUCCUAAGAUUAUCUGUGGAGUGCACUAUCUGUACUUUGCAAUCAUCCUCUUUUUUGUGUCCAUCUUAGUUAUCCUGGGACUCUCCCUGAAAACCAAACCCAUUCCUGCUGUACAUCUCUAUCGCCUGUGCUGGACUCUUCGAAACAGUACAGAGGAACGCAUUGAUUUAGAUGCAGAAGACAAAAGACAGGAAAAAGCUGAUGAUUUUGAAGAAGCAGGAUACAAGAUAAACACACAAAAAUCAGAAGAACCUUGGGAGUGUUUCAAGAAGGCUUAUGAUGUAUUCUGUGGUUUGCAGAAGAAAGCCCCUAAGCUGACCAAAGAGGAGGAAGAAGCCCUGAAGAAGAAGCUGACAGACACGUCUGAGAAGCCCUUAUGGAGGACUAUCGUGAACAUCAAUGCCAUCCUCCUCCUGGCAGUGGUGGUCUUCGUCCAUGGCUACUUUGCCUGA